CAACCACUCGCUUGCCGUUGUAAACAUCUAGCUUAAAUUGUAGCUUACAAAAUGCAUUUUAAUUGUCAUAAUUCAAUAAUUACUGAAUACUGAUAUGUAGCCCUCCUCUUAAUAAAGUUAUCAAUUUGGCUCUUUGUUUUUUAAGUGACUUGGGAAAGUCGUGAAGCAGAUAAACCAAAACUAAUGUCGGCACAAGAACAACAAGCAACCAUCGGCAAAGUGCUCAGUUUUCUUCGAGAAUGGGACCGCAGUGACAGCAUGGUCCGAUAUCGCCUGUUAAACACCUUUUUGACUCAGAACGCUGAGAAAACGUCUUAUGAGCUGGAAGUGGAGUUCGCGCAGGUUGCCAGUCUGUUCCUGGCUCGACUCACCACAUGGAUGAGACUGACAUAUAUGUCUACUACAUUUUUGGGACUCCAGCUGAGGGCAAUUGGAGUUUUCCUGUCUGCCUCUAACCAUGAUCAAUACCUGAUGGAGUUCCUGGAGGAUGGCGGCGUCCACCUUCUCCUGGACAUUUUGAGCCAUUCGCAGCUCAAACAGGAUGACAAGGCUAUAACCCUUCGUCUUUUACUCACAGUCUCAAAUGCUGGUCACAGUUACAAAGAGUUUAUCUGUGAAAGCCAUGGAGUAAAAGUCAUAGUGGAGUGCUUGGCCAUGUCAAACUCAGCUGACAUCCUGCAGAUAGCAGGUACCGUCUUGGAGUCUCUGUCCCAUGGAAACCCCAAAUAUCAAGACGAAAUCUACAAAAGCCUGAUUGCCAUCAUUGCAUGUGUGUCAGCUAAAGCCCACCAGGUGAUCCUUCACAUCUUACACACUGUGCAGCUGAAACUUAAAACAGCCCAUCCCAGCAUCGUCGCACCUGUGCUUGACAUGCUCGGUUCCCUGCACCUACAGGUGCAGCAUGAAGCUAUUAAUUUGAUCUUAGACCUGAUGCAUUAUGAUGUGAAGGCAAUGCUUCUUUCUGGGCUGGUGGCUUUACUGAGGCCCAAAAAAGAAGACAUGCAGCAGCACCCGAUAACAGAAGCAGAGAUGAUCAAGAUGAAAGGAUCUUUCCCUGUGUUUGUGCAACAAGCUGCUGCAGCUAAAACAAUACGGUUGCUGGCUGUAAAGGAUCAGGAGCUUUCUUAUGAGCUUCUCUCUCUUGGAGUGAUCCAGCAUCUUCUACACAUGAUGGGGAACAGGGAACACACUGAUGCCCAAAUACAAGCCAGCCUGGCCUUGGAGCACUUUGUCCGUUCAUUCCCAGAGAUUAGAGAACAUGUGCAGAGAGUCAUGGGCAGCACACUGUUUGCAGCUUUUAUGAACAAAGCUGAUACUUUCUACAUGAAUAUGGAUGAAAGACAAGCAGAAAGCCUACUUUUAAACCAGGUUAACAUAUCUCAAGUUUUGGAUCGCAACAAGUCUAACUGCUGACCAGAGGAACAAACUAUUUCACUCUGAUGUGGAUUAACAGAAUCAUUUCUGUGAAUAUUGC